AAUAAAUAUAGCCAAUAGUCUAUUAUCAACCGGAAGUGCAUGGGUGAACCGCUACAACCAUCAGUCUCUUGAAGAAAAGUUCAUUAAGUUUUCACACCACAACUUUACUGUAGUCUACUCUCCGAACGCUGACAUGGCUGCAAUGAAUAGCUGGUUGAUUUCAUGCAUUGUUUUAGUUCAUUCCGCUUAUUUGGGAUCUUGUGAAUCGGACACUGAAAUAGCAGAUGGAGCCCAGCCCGAGCUCUUCAUUUUCCACGAGUUGUGUGCCCUAAAGAAGGAUGUAGGGCCCUGCAAGACGUUAAAGGAGCGCUUCUAUUUCGAAAUUGACACGGGCCGCUGUGAGUCCUUCGAGUUCGGUGGCUGCAGAGGCAACGCCAACAAUUUUGAGACCUUGGAAGCGUGUGAGGGAAUGUGCCUGGUGUCUGCUGACAAGAGUCCCUGUCACCUGGAUGAGGCUCCGGGGCCAUGCCGAGGUCUGGUGACGCGCUACUUCUUUGACAGCCAGAGCCAGGAGUGCAAGCACUUCUACUACGGAGGCUGCUUCGGCAACGCCAAUAACUUCAAGAGUAUGAAAGCGUGCCAGGCCAGGUGCCAGAACCCAGGUGAGUUUGCUUUAAGCGCCUCGCACAUGCAGCAGAAUCAUCAACACCAGGCCACAGACUUCAGUCCUCCAGAGUUCUGUCUCAGUACCAUUGACAAGGGCACGACGUGUGACAGAGAGGAGAGGAGAACGGAAAGGAGAUAUGUGUACAACCCCAAGACAAAGAGAUGUCAUUGGUUGCGUAACAGGGGCUGUGGGGGCAGCAAGAACAACUUUGUCUUCAAGAGACACUGCAUGAAGAUAUGUAUGAAGCCGAGUAAGAUCCAAGUUACCGUUUUUUCUCCAACACCGGUCCUAUAGAGCUACUGGGCGUGCAUGCUUUUGUUCCCGCCCAGCAUUAACACACCUGAUUCAAAUGAUCAGCAUCCAGACUGAAGACCAUGAUUAGUUGAAUCAGGUGUGUUAGUGCCGUACUUGUUUCACUCUUUGACCUUUCGUUUAAAAAUCAGGUGUGUUUUUGCUAAAUAGCGUUUACCUGAAGAAUGCAAUGUUUCUUCUUGACUAGUGCCAUAGAGAAGUGUUUGAACGAUUGCAACUUGUCAUUUGUAUUGUGCCAUUUCCAGAUCCCACUCACAAAAGGAAUACCAUCAGGAUAAAGAAGAACACCAACAUCUUAUUUCAAACUGUCUAAAUCAAGGCUUUGUAUUAAAUCAUUCUUACACUACUUUUUAAUUACACUUUAUUUAUAUGAUUCUUAUUUGACUGUGGUAUUAUGUUGUAGUCUUACAGCAAUUGUAUAAAAGGUUUGUUUUGGACUAUUAUGUAAUUUUGUUAUUUUAACCUUUUAGCUCUUUUUUUCACUGUCACAUCCUAAACAACGGUAUAUCAUUGUAAUUUUCUUCCUGAGGACACCAGACAAGUUUGUUUUUAUUGACAAGUGAUUAACAUUAAGGAACCCAAUAGCACGCAUUGCCCAUGAAAUAGCGCUACUAUAAAGCACAAUCUCUAUCAAUUACUUUAUCAGUGUAAUUAUUUAAUCCCAGGUCAAGAUCAUUCCUUCAUGUGAGUAAUGUCUUACCAUGGAAAUAAAUGCACAUUAUAUAUGUUCUUUCCAACUAUGUUUAACAAAAAAAAAUGUAAUCAACCAAUUGGAGCCUAAAUAAAAUGUUGCAUAGUCAUCAA